GUUGUUUACUUCUUAUCGUUUGAGCAGUAUGUCCACCUACACAACCGACGCCGAAUUCGAAGACGCCUACGAGACCAUUCAGAGGACUUUCCGAUCCGGGAAGACGAAAUCCUUAGCAUGGCGCAAAUGGCAGCUCAAGCAGAUAUGGUGGAUGAUUGAGGACAAUGAGGCGGAAAUGGUGAAAGCCCUGAAUACGGACCUCAACCGACACGAAUUUGAGACCCACUUCGUCGAGUUCAUGUCGAUGAAGAAUGACGUCCUCGACCAUUUGAAGCAUCUGGAGGAAUGGGCUGCGGACGAGAUCCCGGAUGCCGGAUUAAUCAUGGGAAGGCUGUCAGGCGCCCACAUUAGAAAGGAGCCACUAGGGGUAGCACUCAUCAUCGGCCCAUGGAACUUCCCGAUAACUCUGACUAUUCAGCCGCUCAUUGCAGCCGUGACGGCAGGGUGUGCGGUCAUGCUGAAGCCAUCUGAGAUGGCAGAGGCCUCGCAGAAUUUAAUGAUCAAGAUGAUCGCGAAAUACUUGGACCAGGACGCCAUCCGGAUAGUCACUGGAGGCGCCCGGGAGACAGGGAAGAUCUUGGAACACAAAUUCGAUGAGGUCUUCUUCACUGGAUCAUCGAAAGUUGCGCGCUUCAUCACGGCAGCUACGGCAAAGCAUCUUACGCCUACCGUCCUGGAACUUGGCGGACAAGGUCCGGCUAUCGUUUGCGAAUCCGCGGAUCUUGAUUUGGCGGCGAGGAAGAUCGCAUGGGUCAAAUACCUGAACGCAGGGCAGAUUUGCCUUUCGGUAAACCACGUGUUCGUGCAUCCGAAUGUCCACGACCAAUUUAUCGCGAAACUGGAGUACUGGUUUGAAGAGUUUUUGAAAAGCGGGAAGGAAGACAUGACUACGAUCAUCAACGCACGAAAUUUUGACCGCUUGAAGGGGAUGAUGGAUAGGACUAGGGGAAAGAUCGUGAGGGGUGGAACUUCCAAUCGGGACACACUUCACAUCUCUCCGACUGUGAUCACUGAUGUGACGAUGAAAGACCCAUUGCUCGAAGAAGAGCUCUUCGGUCCAAUUCUGCCAGUAAUCAAAGACAACUUCCGAAAAGCAUACCAAGCUAUCAACACGCUCGGUCAUCCUCUCGGAAUCUACAUCUUCAGCAAGAACAAGGCCGAAAUUGACGAGAUAAUAUCCCACACCCAAUCCGGCGGAGUAACCAUCAACGAGGUAAUGCUUCACGCUGGUGUACCUACUGCCCCGUUCGGCGGUGUCGGGGAGUCUGGGACUGGAUACUAUCACGGCAAGCAUGGAUUCGACGCCUUCACUCAUACGCGAACGGUAGUCUCACCCCCUGGUUUCUUGGCCAAGCUCCUGGGCUUCCUACAACCGCCUUAUGAUAUCAAGAAUAUUGGGAAAGUGAAAGUCGCAAACAAGGGGGCUUUCAAACGGGGCGAGACUAUGGAAGAUCAGAAGGUCGGGAAGGGACGAUUUGCCUUCAUUGCAACUUUACUGAAGCUGUCGGCUAUUGCAGGAGUGCUGGCCGCAGUAGACCAGAGGACUGGGGAGCAUUUUGGAUUGACAAAGGCUCUGCUCUCUGUUUUUGAAAGUGCAAAGGCGAGAAUUGGGAGCUCCUGAGGGUUAAUGUGAGGAGGACUUGAUUGCCUGUACCGUAGUAUGUACUGUAAAUACCAAUCUUUUUCAUCGGACGUUGAGAGAUGCAACUUGAAGUCGGAACAAUUUGCGGGG